UCCCCAUUGCCUAAAAAGGCGCUCUCCUUCUGAUCAUAACGAACUGCUAUCUGUGCUUCGAUACCGGUUGAUAUCCUUAAAUAUACGGCGGUGUUCUGGGUCACCAUUCUCCAUCGUGAUGCAACCUCAUCAUGGAUCUUCUGUUCCAGGUAUAUAAAAUCCACAGAUAACCAAGGGACUCUUCAGCUGCGCUCACUUCCGUUUCCUCGAGUUACUGGCUAACUUUGAGAGGUCGCACACAAGCUGGCUUGUUGUACAUUUCCAAAACCUUAAACAUGCUCCACUGCGAUCCCAAAACAUACGUCUUGCCCCUUUUUGUGAUAUCCCACGCCGCAUUUUUAGUAUCUGCAGCUCCUGUUAGGAACUACACAAAGCGUCUUGCUGACGGCGAAGUCAAGACCGUCAAGAGGCAGGCAGCUAACAAUGAGAAUCCUGGAUUAUUACCAGCGCUCGAGAACGUCGCUGCUCCAAGUGGCCCAAUCACGAGUUCGAUCUCUGGUAACAGUGAACUGUCUUCUUUGUUCAAGGAAGUAGCCAAGCUGGCCUCCGGAACUACCGUUAUCAAUGUCAACGUUGGUGACAAAAACCUGGGUUCUUUACUGUCUGACGCAGCCAGCGACACUAAUCCAUCGGGCGGGGCGGGAUCUGAUGCCACAACCGAUACUUUCGGUGACACAGCGUCAGGCGGCGAUGAUACUAGUCCACCGGAGGAAACAGGCGAUGCUGAUGGUUUCGGCGAUGACGCUACUGUGCCUAGUGUUCCUAGCACGACAGGAAAUGGCUUGCCGUCGUCCACGAGCAACCCUGGGUCUGAUGCCGCAGAUGACGACGACGACGGUGACAUGGACACAAAAUUUUUCGAUUCGGCGGUUCAGGGUGACUCAGACGGGGAUGAUGAGUCGGAUACGGAUACCAGUUCGGACAGCUUAUAUCUCAGAUCAGGUGCUGUAAAUGGGACAGCAGCAUCAGGCUCAAAUUCGACGGAUAGUAUUGACGACUCUUAUUCUGAUACGUCGGGCAGUACACCACACAGCGGUUCGGGCGGCUCGCUAGGGGAAGCACCAGCAGGAGGAGAAAAUGGGACUUCCAUUUUCAAGAUCUCUGUCCAGAAUAUUCAAAAGAUCAACAUCGAGAAAGGAACGGUAACAUCUUAACAUAUCAUAUACUUUCCAAUUGUCUUACUCUACCCACGAUCA